AGAAAUCUCCACCAAACAUCUCUACAAAAUAAACAAGAACCAUGGUUGUAGUUGAAUUAGCACCAAAGCUUCCAGUUCUUGAUUUCAGCAAAGAAACACUCAAGCCUGGUUCAAGUUCUUGGCUCAAAGCUUGUGGUGAAGUUAGGUUAGCCCUAGAAGAGUAUGGCUGUUUUGUUGUAGAGUACAAUAAAUUAACUGCAGGGCUUCGUAAUGAAGUUUUUGGAAAGUUGAAGGAGUUGUUUGAUCUUCCUACGGAGGUUAAAAUGCAAAAUAAGUGUAAAAGGCCAUUGAUUAGUUAUAUUGGUCAAAAUUCAAGGAUUCCUCUGCAUGAAAGUAUGGGGAUUGAAGAUGCAGAGACUCCUGAGGCAGCUCAUAAUUUCACCACCCUCAUGUGGCCUCAUGGGAAUGAUCGUUUCCGUGAAAGCAUUCAUGCAUAUGGCAAACUUAGUGCGGAGCUAGAUAAAAUAGUGACAAGGAUGUUAUUCGAAAGCUAUGGGGUGGAGAAGUACCAUGACUCUUAUGUUGACUCCACUUGUUAUGUUCUUCGACUGCUAAAAACCAGAGCACCCAAAGAAGAUGAGAGUUGCAUGGGUUUAGGUGCUCAUACAGAUACCAGCUUCACAACAAUUCUUCAUCAGAACCAAAUUAAUGGCUUGGAGAUCGACACCAAAGAUGGCCGCAAAAUUGACGUCGACUUUUCGCCUUCCUCCUUUGUGGUCAUGGCCGGUGAUGCCUUAAUGGCAUGGAGCAAUGACAGAAUAAAAUCGCCUACUCACCAAGUGAGAAUGAAUGGAAAUGUAGAUAGAUACUCAAUGGGACUUUUUACAUUCAACAAUGGAACAUUGCAAGUGCCUGAAGUGCUGGUUGAUCUGGACCAUCCAUUAAUGUACAACCCAUUCAAUCAUUUAGACUUUCUUCAAUCCUACCAGAACAAUCGCCGUCCGAUUAAGGCCUAUUGUGGUAUUUAAUACGAGACUUUUACUUUUAUUUUUUUGGAUAAUUGGGGAGGGGGGAGCGCUUGUGGGAGGAAUCGAACCCACGACCUAGCAGUUUGCUGCCAGCGCUUAUACCAUUUGAGUUAUAGCUCGUUGGUAAUACGAGACUUUUACUUGAUCAUGGUUUAGUCCUGUAUUGUGUGAUUAUGUUAUAAUUAUUAGUUACAAUUUUGAAGUUUAAUGUAUAAUAAAAUUAGUUUUCAUUUCGGAAACUUUUUUUUUU